UUGACGAAUCCCUAUCGACUUCGAGAACGAGAUCGUCCGUUUCUUUUCCGGUUUAUCGAAAUGGGUAUCGAUAUUAACCACAAACACGAUAGGAAGGUUCGGCGUACAGAACCUAAAUCGCAAGAUGUCUAUUUGCGACUCCUCGUCAAACUUUACCGUUUCCUGGCUAGACGUACAAAUGCUAAGUUUAAUAAGGUUAUCCUCAAGAGACUUUUUAUGAGCAAGAUACAUCGUCCUCCAAUAUCUCUUGCACGUGUUGUCAGAUUUAUGAAGAAACCUGGAAGAGAAAAUGCUAUUGCAGUAAUUGUCGGCACAGUAACAGAUGACUCGAGGAUUUUUGAAGUUCCAAAGCUUACGGUCUGUGCAUUACGCGUUACUGAGAAAGCUAGGGCCCGUAUCUUGAAAGCUGGAGGUAAGCUGAUCACGUUCGAUCAGUUAGCAUUGUGUGCGCCAACUGGAAAACGAACAGUCUUAAUGCAAGGUCGUCGUAAUGCUCGUGAAGCCGUGAAACACUUUGGACCUGCACCUGGUGUACCACAUUCUCACACAAAACCAUUAGUACGGUCUAAGGGUCGAAAGUUUGAGAGAGCAAGAGGCCGCAGGCGAAGCUGUGGUUAUAAGAAAUAAAUUUUGUUUAUUUGCCAUCAUUUAUUGUACCAUAGCCUUAUGUUAACUUACGAAAUCUAGGCAGUUUUUGUCUAUCUCCACAUUCUUUUAUAUAGAAAGUUGAGGCGGUUGGAAAAUAAAUGUUGGCUUCGUAACAUUUUCACACG